AUGAUGCCAGAGAAAGCGACCAAAGCUGGGACAAAGACGAUCAGCUCAGUGACAGCGGCGGUUUCCAUAGGUGUCGUGGUAUUUGUUAGCAAUGUUAUCUUUAUACCAUUGGUAUGGAACGAAAUAUCCUCCACUUGGGAGCAACUGGAUCGUGAACUACAGGAUAUCAAGACUAUCAGAACCGCCGUGAAGGAAACUCUCGAACAAAUCCCACUACAGUUAACGAGGCAUGUAAGGGAAAAUGUGAGAGAAUUUCUCGCUCUACCAAAAGAAUGCAUGCGGAUUUUAUCCAGCGGACUCUGUCAGACCAAUAAAGCGGAGUCUCAGGUGGAAAAGUGGAGAAGGCACGACGUUUCUGUCAUCCUCAUUUUGGCUUUUAAAGGCAUCACUUUGCAAAACUGGGGUGGUGUGGGUUUCAGGCGGGUAAUGCCUAUAGAUCGUAGGUUGUGGGGAAGAGGGCGACGCUUGGACGACGAAACAAUGGCAACUUCGAAAAAAAGAAAUAGGACAAUUAUAAGGCGGAGAAGGAUACACAGGAAGAGAUUAGACCGUGAACGUGGUGCUGCUUUCGCUGCUCAGAAUGUUGGUGAGGAAGAUUUGCUCGAAUUUUAUGAACCUUCAUCCAGAAGGCAGUGUUUGUGUUCAUCCCACAACACUUGUCCUAAAGGACCGCCAGGCCCUCCGGGCUUAAGAGGAGAGGAUGGAGUUCCUGGGAAGUAUGGCCGAGCAGGAAUGAGAGGUGUUGAUUCGAUGGAUGUCACAGUCCAGAUGGUUUUCGCCGGUUGCGCUAUAUGUCCACCAGGAGCUGACGGUCCAACAGGUGAAGACGGGCGAAUCGGUGUACCUGGACUAAGCGGCCCAUCUGGAAUGCCGGGCUUACCAGGUCGAAACGGACCACCAGGAGCGCCAGGGGAUAUUGGACUUCCUGGAAAACCAGGCAAGAGAGGCAAACCUGGGAGCAUAGGGCAUCCCGGAAUAAAUGGGAUCAAAUCUGUAGGAGAACAAGGCGCUAAAGGUCCACCUGGGCCGGCUGGACCUAUAGGGGAAGCUGGAGGUGAAGGAGAAGGGAACGAUGAGCAGGGCAUCUUCGGACCACAAGGUAUCAAUGGAGAGCCUGGAUUCCCCGGAAGAGAAGGAAGAAGAGGCGAACCUGGUCCAGUUGGUCUUCGUGGUGAGAAAGGAUCAGCAAGAAUGGAAUGUGGCUGCAGGGAACUGCUACUGCGAAAAGUCUCGAUAACGAACUCCAGCCUUUUACACGGACACGGAAAAUUGCAUCAACUGGAGAAUAAAAAUCAAGAUAAUCAUUUAAAACAUGUAAUGUCCGAACUGGAGGCUAUAGAAAUUAGUAAGCAGAAACCAGAACUAAAGAAGGAAUUUGAGGGGAACUUUCCCGAUGAAUCAUCAGGAGAAUUGACUGAGGAUGAGCAGGAAAUGUUGACUACUGCCGAUUCUUACGGAGACGUCACUACAAAUGUUCCAGUACCUAUUGGGAAAGAUAGCUCCGAAAUUCUCACAGUGGAUUCACCUGAACAGCGGGAGCACGAAGAAGAGAAAGAUGCUAAGGGACGGAUCGAUACUUUAAAUACAGAAGUGCCCAAGUCGGAAGAAAUGACUACACAAGAAACAUCUACCACCGUAUCGAUCACUGAAGCAGUGACAUCUACGAAAACAUCCGAAUUUGAGCAGUCUCAAGCAGUCUCGAGCAAUCUGGUGGCGGACGCAGAUACGAGCACAGUAGAAGCAGCAUCUAUGGCUCGGAAAGAAUUCCCCACACCUCUACGGGAAGAACGCCUGUAUGAUACACUAGUGACGGUACCACACAAGAAAUUGCCUGGCUACAUACCGGAAAACUCGUCAUUCAGAAGCACGAGUUUUAGAGGAUUUUCCAGUCAUUCGUGGAGGCCGCCUGCCCCUCCUCGCAGACCGCCUCGAACUCGAAUUCAAAAUAACAAUGUCAGUCACAUGUUUGGAAGACAGAAUUACAACGUUGGCCCUAGACUUCACAGCAACACUGAUGACGUCUCAAUCAGGCAGAAUGCUCUCGGAUCCAGAAGAUCACUGCAGUCAUCGUCAAGGAUUAACUCUGCGGGAAGAAUGAAAGUCUCAGCCGAAACGGGCGCUUCCGUUUCAUUACAUCAACUUGCUAACAAGCGGUAUAGGCAUCAACCAUCAUCGAGAGCAGCAACAGACAUCGGAGCGAUUUUGGCCGCUCGUCAGAAGGCUCGUCAGCACAUGCUGAAAGAGAGAAGGGAGAAGGCACGAAAGGAACAACUCAGUAGGAUGCGAAAGCAAGUGAUAGAAACCAUGAGCAUUGACGCUCUCAAGAAAGCGAUUGACAAUGUAGAGAUAGCACGAGAAUCCACUGUUUCAGUGCCAAUUCCAUUUGAAAGCUCUAGGUUCAAUAUGCUUAAAAUGUUGCCGAGGAGUACAUCUUGGAAGCCGAUCUCUGCGAGGUCAACACCACGUGCCGCACGUGUUCACGCAGCGUCUACCGUCAGAAAUUACCGGAAAAAAGAGUUUGUGCCUCCUCCAACAGAGGAAUUUGUUGGAGACAGUGAACUCCAGAGACGCGCUUUUGCGAUUGAAGAAGAGUUGAGGAACGUUGUGGAAGAGAAAGUGGAAUCAUCUAACCACAAAGGCGAAGAGCAAGAAGGCGAAGGCAAAGCAAAGCCGAUGGAGAGAAAAUCAGAAAAUGAAAGAACAAACUUGAUAGGUCUAGAAAAAAGCACUGUACCACUUCAGGCAACGGAACAUAUAGGUAGCAAUGUAGCCAAAGAUACACCAAACGAAACACAAACGACACAUUCAGUUGACGGUACAAGUACAAGCAGAACAUUGAAAAAUUACACCCGAGUUUUGGAAAAUGACAUAAAGAAGGGGACGUCUCCCUUCAAAAGCGAAGUUCAAAAGGACGAAGGUGCAGGUGCUAUCGAGCGAAAGGAAGAGAAUCUUAGGUCUGUAGAGGAGCCAAGCAAAGAGGAACACAUCCACAAAGUUCGCCGAAAAGAAGAAAAGAAAUCUAUGAAAGACCUCUGGGAACACGAAGAGAAGGUUUUGGAGAGAAUGCAGAAAGAAGAGCAAAAAAUCGCGGAAAGCCAACAAAGAGAUGAAAGAGGAGCAAUGGAAUCCGAUAUUGUAAGAGAAACGAACGUUGUUCAUCAACAGAAAAACAGAGAUGCAAAACAGAAAGCCCAUGAAAUUACCAAAACUGAUGAAUCCGCAGAAGAAGAAGCUGGUGAAACCAGGGAAAGGAGCAAUGUUGCCCUCGCCGCCCCUAAGUUACGAGAAGUCACUGCUCAUCAGCGAUCAUACAAUAUGAUAGGGAAUGGGGCACGUUACAUUAAUAUUCUUCUCGAAAAUAAAAUAAAGGUUCCAAUGAUUCAAAACAUGGCGGUCAAGAAGAACAGAGGCAGAGAAGCUAAUAAUGAGAAGAAGUACGUCGGACUUGUGGAUCAAGUUGCGUAUUCGCCGUUAGCAGAAGCUCGAACCAUGAUCUCUGACCGCUACUCGCCUGAAGUGCGCCUUGUAAACGUGAGAUCAACAGGAUCAAAGCAGGUCCCUAUGUCCGAGAUGAUAGAGGACGCCGAAGAGCCUGAUUACCGCAGGUCACCGACAAAACUGGUGAGAGUUUCCACGGGAGGUUCAUCGAGGAGCAUGACUUGGAUUCCAGACCAUUCACAGGUUGAUCGCGAUACAACUGGCAGCAACCACGAGGACGCACGAUACAGAUUAGUAGCUCCUCCGAGCGAAAGUUUUGAGAAGUCGUCGUUGGACAUCGGAUCCGAGAGAAAGGAAACGGAUGAAUUAACGAAGAGCCGACGUUCCGUUCAUUUUUGGACAAAGCAAACGUUAUUGCGUUGA